AUGGCGACUCUCGAUAAGUUCAUAAAAGAGGCCACCGAAGUAAUGGCGGAAGCGAAGUUUGAUCUUCGAGGGUGGGAGCACACGAGUUUGAACGAACCUAAUACUCCCAGCGUUUCCGUGUUGGGUUUGAAAUGGCAUCGAGAGAAAGACGUAUUGACAGUUAACGGUUUUUCGAUCAAAGAAUUGAUCCAAUCGGAAAAGUUCCGUGUGACGAAACGACUCAUGUUAUCCAUCGCUCAGAAACUCUACGAUCCUAUAGGGUUUACCAGUCCCGUGACUCUAAGACCAAAAAUCCUGUUACAACAAUUAUGGGAAAAACAACUGCAAUGGGAUGAGGAAGUCGACGAGGUGACGAGAAAAGCGUUUAUGGAAUGGGCGGAAGAAUUACAAUACUUGGAAAGAAUUGAAAUACCACGGUGGAUUGGGUUCGAGUCGAAUACAUCGCAACCAUGGAGUCUGCAUGUAUUUACAGACGCGAGUAAAAAGGCCUAUGCCGCAGUGAUAUUUCUGCGCAUAGAGCAAGGAGGAGAGGUAAAAAUACAUCUCCUAGCCACAAAAUCGAGAGUCCCGCCUAUCAAACCAACUACCAUUCCUAGACUGGAACUCUUGGGCGCCACGAUCGGUGUUCGUUUGUGUGACACAGUUAAAAAAGACCUAAAAGGCGACGGAAAGUGUUUUUAUUGGACCGACUCCACUACCGUUCUUUCGUGGAUACGACGAAAAGAAGAAUGGACGGUUUUUGUGAGAAAUAGGGUCAAUGAAAUUCGUCAGAAUUCGGCGAUCGAUUCAUGGAGGCAUGUGCCAGGGCACUUAAAUCCGGCUGAUCUGCCUUCCCGAGGAUGCACACCGCAACAAUUGUGCGAAAAACGUUGGUGGGAGGGGCCAUCAUGGCUGGGGGCUGAGCCGGCGGAAUGGCCUUCGGAACCAGUCGCAUAUGACGAGAAUGAAAUCACUGCAGAGAGGACGAAAUCAACAGUAUCGAGCUUGCUGGUUACUGAGAACUUAGCUAGUUCAGAUUUUACGUUAUUUGAGGAUUUCGAGAGAAUAGUACGUCAAGUUGGGUGGAUGCUGCGUUUCAAAAAUAAUGUUAGAAAAAAAUUGAAGGAAAAGGCGGCAGAUCGACAAGUCGCUAAAAUCAAAGAACCAUUACCAUUGACGGUAAGGAUGGAAGCUCUUUCGGUGGAGGAACUACAAACGGCCGAAAACCUCAUUUUGAAAAUAAGCCAGAAGGAAUCGUUUGGAGAUCGAAAUGACGCUUUAAUGCCCGGUUUCUCCAACAAAAUAUAA